CGUCACCAACACUCUGCGGAAAGAGAAGAGAAUAUUGGGAAAGUUAAAUACGUGAAUCGUAAGGAUUUGUAUGGAAUUACAACACUAAUCCGGUAGAAUCACCGAAACGACAGGAAUCCGCCACAGCCUGUUCGUUUGUAUUUGCAUAGUAUUUAAUUUCAACUUUCAGGCGGAUCGAAUGUGGUUAGACUACAGACUGUUUUGCGAGUAGCUAGCUACCCAUUUAGCGGCGGCGAUCGUUGGGCCUGACAGAUACAGCUAGCACACCAGCUUUCAGUUUUUAACGGCAUCAUAGCUACGUUAUAUCCACGGCAUGAACUCAUAAAGUAUUAAAAUCGUAGCAUAUUAUUUGUGUGAGAAGGCAAGAGUAUGUUAUUUGUUUUAGCUAUUGCCUUGCCAGUUCAUUGAUAUAUUUGUUUUGGUAGGCCUGAAGUCAGUGGCUGUUUUGAGACAGCCAAUCAGCAUUCACAGUUCUACGGGUCUGUCUUCAACCACAAGGGACUACAAUAAAUCCCAUCGGAUGUCGCUCCUGACGAUUGAACUGAAAAGUCACUUUCGUAUAGCUUACCGAUAAUGUGGUGAGCUGGAUAGCAAGAAAGUAAGCAGUCACUAUUUUGAUGGACAGAGUUUCCCCAAAAGUGUUGUUGAAGAUGGCUGGAGACAGCGGAUAGUUUGAUGCAAUGUGAUUGACCAGCACCGUGGCGGACCCUACCCUGACUUAUCUGUCAGAUUGUCCACUAUAUAGGAUAAAACCAUGCCUGCUGAGGAGCACUCCGACCAAGAGGCAGAACAUGGCCAAGCAGAGGCUCUGAACCAGAUGGAGCAGAACACCGGGAACACUGCAAGGCCACAGCCGGUUCCUGGCCCCUCCAGUGCUGCUCCCCCCAGACAGGGAUUCUGCAGCUGCUGCCAGGUGCUCUACAGCAGUGUGGAACAGCACAUUCUGAGCUCCAGACACAGGGAGGUGGUGCGCAGCGCUCGGACACACGUGACGUCCAACAGCCUGAUGGAGAGAUUCCUGCAGGAUGUCAUUCAACACCAUCCACACCGCUACAACGACACAAGACCAACUCAUGCUGACCUGCCUUCACUGAGCAGUCCGUUGGUACCACGAGAGGAGCUCUCGGACAUCUACUGUGCACUAGAGGAUGACGGGGACACGGUUGGCACCCGAGAGGAAAUGCCCAGCUCUGAUGAAGAAUCCUGCCAGUUGGUCUACAUGGAGGAUGUUUGCUCUGCUGUGGUGUUGGGCCAAUGGGGAGGAAGAUCCACUCCAGUGCAUCUAGCAAGAAGCGGCUCAUCCAGAGAGGUCAACCUGAAGAGUGGUGUGGACCCCCCUCCUGUAAACAAGGACUCCCCUACCCAGGGCUUCAUGCACAGGACUAGUGUCAGCAGUGCCUUGGCCCAACACACAUCUACAAAUUCUCCCCUUGCUCAGCCAUGUAGCUCACAGGCCCUGCCCCCUGGCCAGCCCUGUAGCCCACAGGUUCAUUUGCAUAGAAAAGCUCACAAGAAGACUGACCGACCUAGAAGCAGGACAAGCUCAUCUGUUAAUAUCUUACCACCUCCAAAGUGCAGUGGUUCUAAGCAGCCAUUUUUACACCUAGAGUCCAAAAGCCCAACAGUUUGGUCCUCAGCACAGGCACCUUUGAGGAACACUCCAAGGUCCCGCACUGCCUCCAGCAAAUGCUCUGACACAAUGGAGAAUGUGAUUGAGGAGGUUAUUGAGAAGUACUGUUAUGGCCGCAGUCCGAAGAAGCGAGAAGGAGAUGAGGACAGUUUCCAUUUGGGCUCCAUCACUAAACCCAAUUUCUCAGACUCUGGAACGAGCAUGGAAUGGGACACACCAGCAUUGGCUGCAUUAGAGGCCUCAAAGGCAGAGGUGAAAGAUGUUGGAUGCCUCAUGGAGGUGCACAUAAACUUGGAGGACCAGAUGUACAAAACGCAGUUAGACACAGCACUGAACCUUCUCCCCAGGCCUGAAGAGGGAAAGAAGGCUGUUGCUGCACAAAUAGAAGAGCAUAAGAUUGAGGAAGUGCUCCCCGUGCUACCACACAUGCCUCAGUCUUUUAUUGGAAAGACAUGGUCACAGAUCAUGUAUGAAGAUGACCUUAAGAUUGAAUCAAUGGUGCGCGAGUUCAGGGAAGGGCACUUCCGAUGCUACUUUGAGACCGAGUCCCUGGCUAAGUAUGGUAAGAGGAGCAAAAAAGGGAAGAUCCAGAAAGAGCAUCCAGAGGAUGAGGAAUGGGGCUGUGGGGAUAUUCUGCCCUUAAUGGAUCACCCUGAGGAAGAGCCUGUUUGCCACAGGGUUUUACGGAGGAGGGCUGGCCGCAGGACCUGGAGACUGGCCUCACGAUGUCAGGUGGUUAAGGUCAGUCACAGCACCCAGACUAACCCACUAACCAGCCCUGUCGUUAAGCACAAAGUCUUGGAGAAGACCAGUAUGUCCCUCAUGGACUUGGAACCCCAGCAAGGCGUCAGUCUCGAGAGGACACCAGACAUGAAGACAAGGUUAUGUGCACUGAAGCUGCCUGAAUCCUACAGCAAAAUCAUGAGCCCAUUACAAGCUAAAACAGUGGUUUACGUUCUUUCCUCCCCUGACUCAGGACAGGGCAGCUUGAAACCAGUCACUAUCAAGAGAACCGGAAGGAAAAGGAAGUCUUCAGACAGUGACAACGCAUUCAAAUACAAGUACAAGAAAACUCCGCUGAAGUACUAUGAUCCCUUGACCAACAGGAUUUUGAAGACCCCACCUAAGGGAGUAGCCAUAGGCAAACCAAAGCCAUUCCCACAUGUCCGGCAGCUGUUCCGCAGUCUUAGUCCUGACAUCAAUAAGGAGAAGCAGUUUGUGGAGCAGAAGGACACAUGGAGCUCCUCCAAGGGUCGGGGAAGCAACAGCAUAGCAGACUUCUGUGCCUCCACAUCAGGCUCGUGUCUGGAGGGUGGCGGCCCCUCUGAGCCUGGUUCCUCUGUUUCCAGCAGGCGAGCGCUCUUCAGUCGCUCCUCCCUCUCCAGCAACAGUCGUUUCCUACUGGGUACCCUUACUCCCACCCCGUCCCUUGCAGACAGUACCAACAGGGGUCUAAGCUCUGAGUCUGACAAGAGGGUGCAGACCCGGGCCAGAAGGGGCCAGGCCCAAGGCAGGCAGACCCCACAGACAGAGUCCUUGAAGGAAAAAUCUCUGGGACAAUCUAAAGGACCUGCCUCUCCUUAUAGACCCAGGAAGAUGCCUGCUAGGUUGCUGCCUAAGAAGGGGCAGGCCCGGUCAGACUUCCCCAUGAAGCCCUGCAGCUCCAGCAGGGCAAGAUCGUCGAGGCUCACAGAUCAUGGGAAGGCCCUUACUGAGGACUUCCUCUCUGGAGGAAAGACUAGGGGUUCCCAUCAGCGCAGGGAAGCCCCACAGAGAAAUACAGGGAAGAAAAACCAGAGCCAGAUAAAAGCCAGAUGUUCUGUCAAGUCCACCUCCAAAGCACCGGUCAUGCAGAAACAGAGCUGUACAACUCUGACACGAACUUCCAACAGACACUCCGCUACACCUCUAAUGACCCGAACACUUAGAAAGAAGGUUAAAAGAUAGAACCCUUGCAUGACAGGCAGAUGCUCCCAGGCUGUAUCCUCAUUUUCCUAUGGGGAAUUGCAGGUACUCUACAGCAUUCCUCUGUUCUCUGACCCUGCAGAGUUCUGUGGAAUCACUAGCUGCAUUUACAUAGAUGCGAUAUUGCCAGCCAAGUUGGUGUGUACCAGUAUGACUUGCUUUUCCACAACCAUAUCUAAGCUUUGGCGGUGCCUCAAUUCCUCUUGGUCCUCAUCAGACCAGGUUGGGGUAAAGGGGUAUGGUUAUGGUCAUGAUCAAGAGCAAAUUUCACAGGGUAGUUUGCUAUUAAAGUACAGAAUUUAGCCGUCAUCUUUCAAUGUAAGUAUGAGGUUAUCUGCAAGGAGGCAUUGUAUGGGAGGGAUAUAGAAUGAUGUUGGCACCUCCAAGACCAAACAGUGGACAAGCAAAUGGACCAGUUGUCUUUGGUACUAGACUAGGCAUGAAUUCAGAUAUGCUGUUGUCAUAGCCUGGCUGGCCUGUGAAUGUUCAGCUAAUGGUAUUCAGUCCUGUUAUAGUCCAAAGGGAGGAGAGAGAGUACAGAACACUUCUUUUUUCUCUCUUUAAAGCUGUACAAUUUUGCACAGAAUUUGACUCUAGAGAACUAUAGUUUAUACUGUAGUUUUUUCCCCAUUUAUUUUCUUUUUACAAGCAAUCAUGCUAUUUUUUUAAGUUUAUAAGGAAUAUUUUUUCUCCAAGGUUUGUCUAUUAAAUUAUUGUCUGUGAAUUAAAGUUUUUCAUGACUAGUAUUAUAAGUGUGGCUCAUGUAAUCAUGCAGUACCUGCAGAAGUGUGGUGUGUCUGCCACUUCAAGCUCUUCUUGAUAAGUUGAGCAGGGUGAUAGGAAUUUCUGGUGCUUAGUGUGUGACUGUACUCAUAUCCACACAGGUUAGUGUGUUCGGUGCUAUUGCCUUCAUAUCAACACACUUUUGCACAUGUUUAGUAAUGGUGUUCUCCCUGUUAAUGGAGGUGGCCAGUGUUGAGUACACAUGUCAGCGAAUUCUGUGAUGACAUCCUAUUUUUAAAGCAGAUUUGUGUAUACAGAGGUCUUAUCUUUUCAUAUAUAUUUUUUAAAUGAACUUUUAUUUGACCGUGUAGGUCAACUCUAUUUUGCAGUGAUGGCCAGGGGAAUCUAAGUGUGAAUGGAUUGCACAUCCAGGAAUAUGUAACACAUUUACCAAAGUAUAUUGGAUAAAAUACAGGAAAGAAUAGGUUGGUGUACGUUGAUUUGUGGUGUCAAACCUAAAAACUCUGAAUGUUUGGUGACUAUUCUCUGACAUUAACACACAUUUUCUCACAUUUCAAACCCACCAAAGCCCUGAGUCCCUGUCCUAAUAUGCUGUGCUAUAUUUGGUGCAAAUUAAAUCCCUCAUGAAUAUUAA